AAUGAGGAUUUUUACUGGGUAUUUAAUUCACCUGAAAAAUUUUCAUCCUUGAACCUAUUUAACUUGCUUGUUCGGUGCAAAAUGGUAUCUUUUGGCGCUGAAUAUAAUUGAAAGCACUUUUCUGUGUUCCCGGGAUUUCAUUUUGUUUGGGAUUAUGGUAUAACCAAGAAAAACCCAAUAUUAUGCUACCCUUGAAUGACUAACUUUCCAUUUCUGCAAUAAUAUUCUCAUUAUAGAAUGGUGAAAACUUGUGUGUGGAUGAUAGAACUUCAGGGCUAAGAGGUUGUUAAGAAGAUGGUUGGGAACAUUGCAAUCAUUGUUUCAUCAUUGCCAACUUCUUCUUCUUCUUCAUGUCUGAUUACUCAACCAAGAGAUUCUCCCAGUUUCAAGCUUCUUCCAAUGAGACACCAAAUACAAAUCAACAGAACAAGAGCUACAACAUCUUCUGAUGCAGGUCAUGGCCAAAGGUCAUCUUCUGAUUCAGCUUUGUUGAAGAUUCCACACACUGUUUGGAGGAAAACAUUGAAGCCAUUAAGUGAUUUUGGUUUCAGCGAUAGAAGCAUCUGGGAAGGUGGGGUUGGACUGUUUCUAGUGUCUGGUGCUGUUCUAUUUGUUCUUAGUUUGGCAUGGUUAAGGGGAUUCCAAAUAAGAUCCAAAUUCAGGAAGUACACAGUGGCGAUUCUGUUUGCUCAAGCUUGUGGCAUAAGCAAAGGAACACCUGUGAGAAUAAGAGGAGCCACUGUUGGCAAUGUCAUUGGUGUUAAUCCUUCUUUGAAGUGUAUUGAAGCAGUUGUUGAGGUUGGUGAUGUUAAGACAAUCAUACCACGGAAUUCAGUGAUUGAGGUAAACCAGUCAGGUCUUUUGAUGGAAACAAAAAUUGACAUCACUCCUCGUGAUCCAAUUCCAGCACCUUCUGUUGGUCCUCUUGAUGAAGAGUGUUCUAAGGAAGGUGUUAUUGUGUGUGAUCGUGAAAAGAUCAAUGGCCAGCAAGGAACAAGUUUGGAUACAUUGGUUCGGAUAUGCACUCGCCUUGGGCGUGCAUUAGAGGAAAUUGGUAUCAGCAAUAGCUAUUCAUUGGUAGAACGAGUACUUUCCAUCAUUGAAGAAGCAAAACCUCUUCUCAAACAGAUCAAAGCCAUGGCUGAAGAUGUUCAUCCUUUGUUAGCUGAUGUCCGUGACAGUGGCCUGUUGAAGGAACUUGAGAAUUUAACCCAAAACCUUGCCCAAGCUUCUGAGGAUUUGAGAAGGGUACAUUCAUCCAUUAUGACCCCUGAGAACACAGCACUGGUUCAUAAGUCCAUAAACACAAUUAGUUUUACCUUGAAGAACAUCGAGUAUAUUAGCAAGGAUAUUGUGGGUUUUACUGGGGACGAGACUACCAAAAAGAAUUUGAAAUUGCUUAUCAACAAUCUCAGCAGGCUAUUAUGAAGUCAAAACAUGAAGAUAGGAAGUAGAGAAUUACAGGUAAUAAUAGUAUUGCGAACAUGGUUUACAUCAACUGCAACUGGUUACGAGGUCAUGGCACAUUCAAAGUGGUUCUGGUUGAUGAAGAUAUCUCCUGUUAAUUAUAGAGCUAAGUGAUGGUACAAGAGGUUAUAUUUGUCGAGUUUUCUAAAGCCAUUGUGACUUCCGACACUAUAAUUUGUUACCUUGAACUUCAUAUAAACGUGCAGUUUGUUGUUACCUCUGAA